CCCUAAUUCCCUAAAAUCUGUGUGUGUGUAAAAUGAGUCGUCUGGUGUGUGUGAUUUCUGAAGCCAAACACAGUUCCUACAGACGGAUUCCAAUCUUGACCCCUCAGAGUUUCGUUUCUCCGGGAGCUUCUUUACCCCCUGAUUUUUCCCCUGUCACGUACACGCAACAUUUUUUUUACAGAAGCUACAGAAAGUCUCAAAGCUUUGCUUUCAGACGACCAGACUCCACCAUGGAGGCAACAUCAGAAAAAUAUCCUGCUGAGGUGUAUGGAGGUUUGAUGAUGAAACCCAACGAAUCGAGUCGUCUCAGGAGAACAGUGAUCGCUGCCUUCAUUGCAGGAGCUUUACUGCUGGUGUUUGGAGGAAUUGGAGGAUUUUACCUUUGGCAAAUGAAUGAUAAAGAAGUGAUCACUGCAGACUACAGCAGAAACAUCAACAUAAAGAUGAUCGAAGAUUCUUUAGAGUUGAACUCUGAGAGUAAUCCAGAACGAUUCAUGAUGGACGCUGGAGACGGGAACAUUCGGGAAGCUCAUGACUUUAAAUCUGGCAUAACCGCAAUGAGGUUUCCUGGAGGAGAAAAGUGUUACAUCAGAUCCCAGAUCAGAAGUAAACUUUCUGAGGAAGCGGAGGUUAUAUCAAUCAAAUCUGAUGUGGAUUCAUUGGUUUGGAUGGCAUCUGAUGAACCUCUGAAGGACAACAGUUUUCUCAGUUCUGAAAUACUCAGAUUCUGUGGAGACCUUCCGGUUUAUUGGCAACACCCUACCAACAAUCGAGCAUUACGGACGAGAAGAAGCGUGAGCCGGCCGAAACGACAGAAUGAAGGUGGAUUAAACCGAAGACAGUCGAGAGGUCGAAACACAACAUCCAGUGAAAAUCAACACAGAGGAUCUGAUUUUAACCCUGAAAACCCAUAUCAUCGUAAUCAGGAGGCUGAAGAGACGAUGACCUUCGACCCCAUGUUGGAUCAUCGUGGCAUCUGCUGUAAUGAAUGUCAUCGCAGUUAUACUCAUUGUGAGAGAGUCUGUGAGCCACUCGGUGGUUAUUGGCCGUGGCCGUACAAUUAUCGGGGCUGUCGGCCGGUGUGCAGGGUCAUCAUGCCGUGCCGCUGGUGGGCAGCUCGUAUCAUGGGUCUCGUGUAGGGUCUUGUGUUUCUUUAGGGCUGAUAUCAGGACAUCAGAAGUGCCCUUAAGGCCUAAACUGAGGUAUAAUGAGAUAUUUACAAUAAAAAAUAAUCUCAUUGAUGGCUACAUUUAUGGUACAAAUGUUAGACAUUUAUGUUUUAUUAUGUUUUCCUUUACAAAUAAACCUACCUUACCAAAGCUGCAUCUGUGUAUUUCAGAAUAACACUUUUAAAAGACUUUUGCAUCUAUAUACAAUGUGAACUGUUUUUGACCACUAUAGUGGUGCAGAAAUGACACAAAUUAAUAUAUUUGGAAAUAACAUGAGAAUGACACACAGUGAAGUAAACUAGUACUGUAUUUAAAGUUAAAACUAAUAUCCUGUGGUGUCUGAGUCACAACCUAAUUUUUGAAAUCCUCUGCGUAGGCAUUAAUAACUCAUCUUCUUCAUCUUGUUAUCAUUUAGCUAAUCCAUAAAUUAACCUAGUAAAAUAUUAAUAGUGUGUAUUAGAAAGAUUUAACAUGCUAUUUCAGGAAACAUUGAUCAAAUAUCUUCUUAUAUGCUCUUAAUGUUGUUGAUGUUUUAUGAUGUUAAGUUUUCUCUUGUAAAAUGCGGAUCUCUUUAUCGGUAGGGUUUUUCAUUUCAUCCAGAAAAGAUGAUACACUGUUUAUAUAUACAAGAAUUAAGUAGGAAUUAAGUAGGAUAAAGAUUAAAAAAGAAGAAAAAAUACUAGGUCACUGAUAUGCAAGGAUCAAGUCUCCCUUACAAAAAUUAACCAUGGUAACUGCUGGGUUAUUUUUAACCCAAUGCAGGGUAAAUAUUGGACAGAACACAUGUUGGGUUAUUAAAUAAACAUUAAUAAAUAAACAAAA